GGAGGUGGUGAAAGGACUGACUGCGUGUGUAUAUGCGCCUGUGCAAUGCUGUGUUUUGCUAUCUGCUGCGGCUGUAAGCCUGUAGGUGGAGGCGUCUGUUCCAAGCUGCUCUCGGCUGCUGUUGCUGACAGGAAGUAGGGGUUGGGCCUAAGAGGCCAUAAGGCAGAAGGAAAAGCAGCAGAAGAGAUUGUAGCGAGCAGAAGCAGGAAGCCCCAAACGUAUAAAAGCCGUGUCGUCCUAUACUAGCAGUGUGGUGAAGGAACGGUGGUUUAGGACUCUGUACUUGUGAUGUCACAAACCAGAGCUAAUGAAGAUCCUCUGACUGUCUAAAUUAAACAGUUGGAUCUCCUGAUACCAAAAUUGUGGGAGAGUACUUCUGGAAUCAACAUGUAGCAGAUGGCUACCGCACCACCAAACUUACUGCUUCAAGGCUUUUGUCUCUUGAAACUCCUUGUGCGGUCAGCAGUGAAUGAAUCAUCUUAGGGAUCCUCGUUUCUUGGAUGCUGACUGAACUUUGUUAACUAAGAUUUAAAUUAGAUUUGACGUGGUGUUGGUUAAACUAAGAAAUCAUGAGUAGUAAUCUUGGAAAAGAAAAAGAUUGUAAGGAGAAAGACCCCAAAGUGUCUUCAGCAAAGGAGAGAGAAAAAGAAGCUAAGGCCACAGGUGCAUUUGGGAAAGAAAGCAAAGAGAAAGAGCCUAAAACCAAAGGGAAAGAAGCCAAAGAUGGGAAGAAGGACUCCAGCAGUGUGCAGCCAGGUGUGGCUUUUUCAGUGGACAAUACAAUAAAACGUCCCAAUCCAGCGCCAGGUGCUCGCAAAAAAUCCAGCAAUGCGGAGGUGAUUAAAGAGCUUAACAAAUGCCGGGAAGAAAAUUCAGUGCGCUUGGACUUGGCUAAGCGGUCUAUACACCUUCUCCCAUCGUCUGUAAAAGAGUUAACACAAUUAACAGAACUUUAUUUAUAUGGUAACAAACUGCAGUCACUACCGGCUGAGGUGGGCUGUCUUGUGAAUCUGGUGACACUGGCCCUGAGUGAAAACUCUCUUACCAGCUUGCCUGACUCUCUUGAUAACUUGAAGCAACUCCGUAUGCUUGAUCUGCGGCAUAACAAACUUAGAGAAAUUCCUCCGGUGGUGUACAGGCUAACUUCCCUUACCACACUUUAUCUCCGCUUUAAUCGUAUCACAGCUGUGGAAAAGGAUAUCAAGAACUUGUCAAUUCUCACCAUGGUCAGCAUAAGGGAGAACAAAAUCAAGCACCUGCCUGCAGAAGUUGGUGAGCUGUGUAACCUCAUAACGCUGGAUGUAGCACACAAUCAGCUUGAACAUCUUCCAAAAGAGAUUGGAAAUUGCACACAGAUCACCAAACUUGACUUACAGCACAAUGAACUGUUGGACCUUCCAGACAGUAUAGGAAAUCUGUCCAGCCUGAAAAGUCUUGGUUUGAGGUAUAAUCGACUUUCAGCAAUACCCCGGUCUCUAGCACAGUGCAGCAAACUUGAUGAGCUGAAUUUGGAGAACAACAAUAUUUCUACUUUACCAGAGGGUCUCUUAUCCAGUCUUGUCAAUCUGACUAGUCUGACUCUGGCAAGAAACUGUUUCCAGUCAUAUCCAGUUGGCGGUCCCUCACAAUUUUCUACCAUCUAUGCUCUCAACAUGGAGCACAACCGCAUCAAUAAAAUCCCAUUUGGAAUUUUCUCUAGAGCAAAAGUAUUAAGCAAGCUGAACAUGAAGGACAAUCAGCUGACCUCCCUUCCUUUGGACUUUGGGACAUGGACCAGCAUGGUCGAGCUUAAUUUAGCUACAAAUCAACUCAACAAGAUUCCAGAGGAUGUGUCUGGACUGGUUUCUUUAGAGGUUCUUAUUUUAUCAAACAAUCUUUUAAGGAAUCUUCCACAUGGCAUUGGGAACCUGAGGAAACUAAGAGAACUGGAUCUGGAGGAAAACAAGCUGGAAUCCUUGCCAAAUGAAAUAGCAUACCUUAGGGAUCUACAGAGAUUGAUCCUAACAAAUAACCAGUUGAGCACCCUUCCUAGAGGAAUUGGACACCUCAUCAACCUGACACAUCUUGGAUUGGGGGAGAACUUUCUUACACAACUUCCUGAGGAAAUUGGUACACUGGAGAAUCUGGAAGAACUGUAUCUGAAUGACAACCCUCACCUGAACAGCCUUCCUUUUGAACUGGCCCUCUGCAGUAAACUGUCUAUAAUGAGCAUCGAGAACUGUCCACUCAAUACCCUUCCAGCUCAGAUUGUUGCAGGAGGACCUUCUUUUAUCAUCCAGUUCCUCAAAAUGCAGGGACCUUAUCGUGCCAUGGUCUGAUGGAUACCUAUCCUGAAGGUGUACAAAAGAUAAAUGGUAUUAAGGGUGUCAUUUUGUAUAUAUUAUUAUUAUUAUUAUUAUCUAGGCCACACGGUGCCAGGAUUAGAUAAAUUGGGUUGUCCCAUACACUGUACAAAAUGCAAAGAGCAUUAUUGGUAUUGUGUAUGUGUGUAUAUAUAAUAUAAUAUAUAUAUAUAUAUAUAUAUAUAUAUAUAUAUAUAUAUAUUGUAUAUUAUAUUAUAUAUAAAACAUAAUAUAAAACAGGCAAAAUUAAGACCACAUUUAUGUGUUUCUGCUAAUAGAGGAAGCAUAGCCAUUUAGAUUUUUUUUUCCUUUGUAAGAUGCUUGUCUAAGUUUUCUUUGCUGUAUUUGAUGGAUGUCUAGGUAAUCUGGAGAUACCAGUUCACUGGAGAUGAUUGCCAACCUUGCUGAUAAAUUUAAGGGACAAACAUUUUUAGAUGGAUCCCUCUUUAUGUGGGAAAAUCAUGGAGCUCAGUAAUAUGAACUUUCUUCUAUCAUUCCCCUCUCCACACAUUAUGUCAAAAACCCAUUGGAGUCAUUUGUCUUCUAGUUGGGGAGAUCCCUUUAACUUAUUUUAAGAUUUGAAAUAAAUGGUGUUGUAUGUUGUUUACAGUUAGAGUAAAUCAAUGGAUUUUUUUGAUUUGCUCUGCUUUAAUCAUAUCUAGAAUGUAUAUGCUUCUGCUGAGGGCUUUUUAUUGACUGAUUUAUAGCAAAAAAAAAUGGCUGGCAAGUAGGAAAAGACACAGUCCAACAAAAGCUUGACUUAAUUUUAAAUCUUAGUUUCUCAAGUUAUUGGCUGUAGGCAUAUCGUAUUUGGACCAGUUCUUUUAUGAUGGUCUUGUCUAUGACAAGCAACAUUUCUUGAUAAGAAAUGGACUGAUUUGUUGAGGAACUACACAUUCUUUUGAGGUCUAAUAGUAAAUUGACAAGGAUAUAAAUAUGGUAGUGUUGUGUUUCAUGACAACAAGCAAUUGUAAGGGUUCCCCCUAGUCCUUGUACAAAUAAUGAAUGUGUCUCUUUGAAAAACUGCAGUGCAUAUUACGUUUAUGGUUGGUUAACAUUGUUAUUCUGGUUUUAUAUCUUGACUUGCCUUGUACAUCCUUCCAUUAUUAUGGAGCAUCUGCGUCCAAGCACAAUAUCUCCAUGCUGUGCUGUUUUGCUGCUGAACUAAAUGCACUUUGCCCUACAGUUGGGACACUUGCUUCAAGUUAAUCAGUUCAGUACCAUGAUUUAUUCUCUUUCAACCUCAUCCUAUCAAUCUCAGUAUUAAAGAAUGAUCUGUUAAAAAGAACACUUUUUCAUUUGUACUUAGAUUGUGAUUGCUCUGUAGACAACCGUGAAGUGGUUCCCAUUCUGGUUUACUGUCAUUAUCAUGGCUGUACAAAGGGCUAAUGAUGCUGCAAUGGAAUAGCCACUUGCUACUACCUUGUGGUGUCAUUUUGAUUUGGGAAGUUCAUGUAGUAGUAACAUUCCAGAUAUUUUUCUUUUUCGUAACUGUUCACUUCACUUUGGAUUUGCUUCUGGAAUAUUGGAAUUUUAAAGAGAGAGCACUAUAACUUUUGAACAAAUCACACAUACCAAGAGAAAUAUUGUCCCCUGUUGAAAGGGGUUUUAUUUUUGCAAUGUUUAUUUCUAACAGAAAAGUUAGUUAAUGGGCACACUCCUUAGAUAACUGAGCAUGCUUAUCUUUUUUUUAUUGUUAAGACUGCAUACUUAAGGAUGCAGUACUAAAUACACUUGCUAGGAAUUAAGUUUAGAUUUAAGAUGUAACUACUGUUGGUUUCAAAAUUUAGAUUUUGCUCAGCAUAACUAGCUACUUUGGUCUGCUUUCUCAGAGAAGAAUUCUAACAUGCAUUCUGACUGGGUUGGGUUUUUUUAAAUUUUUUUUUAGCAAGAAAGAAUUUCUUAAAUAAGGGCAGGUAGAGAUAUAAAAUUGUUAAAGGACUUAAGUUGGUAGUUUAAACUGCUCUAUAUGCCACUGGAUUUUAUAAAAGGAAUAUUAAUUUCUGCCACCUUUUCUUAAAGCAAAUCUGGUAAUAGUUACUUCAUUUUAGAUUUGUUUAUAACAUUGUACAGUUUCAGCUUUGCACAACCAGUCUAUUCGAGCAUUAAGAUGUGAAAAUGUGAAGAUGCCUGUGUGGUCGUUGAAACAUAAAAGUUCACGUAUGCUGAAGCUGUAAAAUUGUUCCACUGGUUCAGGAUGAGCUGUCAUUUUUGUAUUCAUAAUUGUUAAAGUGAGAGAUGUGUGUCUGAGCUGCCCAGUUGCACUUUUAUUUUUGGGUGGGGAUAGUUUUGCAAGUCAGUUGUCUGUAUAUUGCUUUAAAGCCAGAGUUUAGCCAUGUACUGAAAAUUGCUGAAGAUAGCGUUUGAGGAACAUUUUUGGAACCUUUCACAAAAUUGAAACAUGGAUAGUAUGUUUCCAGUAAGCUGGCUUCUUGUUUCACUCCAUGGACUUGUUGACUAGAUGAAGUUGGGCUGCAUUUAUGCAACUCUUAGAUCUGUCUGUAAAUAUGUUAAUAAGAUUGUUCAUUUUGCCAAGGAUUAUAUGACUGACACUUUCAUUCUUCUGAAAAUCAUCUGCAUGUUGGAAAUGGGUUUCUUUGAUACAAUUUCUGAAAAUGAACUAUAAAUAACUGGAUUUUAAAAAAACCAGUGAAACAGUUAUACUUCAGCAUUGUGUGUAAACAAAGGUAAAAAACCUAAUCUUGUGUUGAACACUGAAUUUGUAAUGAAAAAUUCUCCACAAUCCACUAGAAUUAACUGUUUUGUUCCAUGAUCAGUACAGAAUGCAAAGUGGGAGUGAAGAAAAAUGCAUGAGGAGAUGCUACACCCUUAAUUUUAAAAAAUCAAAAGUAUUUUUCACAAAAUGCGGUAGUCAUUUAGACUUGUGAUGAUUCAGUUCUUCUGUAAUCAGAUUUUUUUUUUACUAUUUUUGGCAAAAUUAUAGAUAUUAACCAGUUAGAUUUAGUCCAUCUAAAUCAGGACAGGAAAUCAGGGCAGGAUGUAUUAAAUAGAGGCUUAAGAAUGGAAUCUGGCCAAUCAGAAACUGAGGAAAAGUUCUGGACUUGCAUCAUAUUGAGACAUCAUCACAGUAGAAGGGCAUAUGCUUAGAGACCUUGGAGAGGGAUAUAUAUUUUUAAGAUCCAGAAUGUUCCUUGUUUUUGUAUACUGUACAAUACUAGCUCUGCUAAUUCAGGUCUACAUUUUUGUUAGUGAAUUUGACAGUCUUUCCAAAUCUUUCUCAAGAGUCUUGGUGGAAGGCCAUGUAAUGCUCAGUGUUCAGCAUGAACCAUCAAUAAGCCUGGAACACUCUUGAUGUACUUUUCCUUAUAGACUCAGAAGUAUGAGUUUCUAGUACAAAGGCUCAACUAGCCUCUUCAUCUCAAUGUAUGGAACAUCCCGUGCCUCAACACAGCAGCAACCAUCAGUAGUGUUGCUUCUGUACUUUUUUCCAGAUGCUAUAUCAUACAGUUGCACUACACAAUGGGCCAGCUCAGAUCUAACAAGGCUAUGACUGUAAUGACAUGAAGUAUUCCACAGGGUAACAGAGACUGCUCUGCGCAUUGCCAGAUAAUGCCUCUACUUUUAGUAGUAAAGCAGUUAACAGGAUGUUAAAUGGCAAGUGGAGCAGAGUUUACCCAAGUGGAGCCAUACAAUCAGUUGCACCACUGAAACUGUCCUUUUGUUGUUCAACUCCUCCAUAGUUAGGGGAAAUAACAGUAAUCAGAUCUCCCUUCUUAAAGAUUAUUUUGCUACACUGAAAUAUAAAGGAAGGCUUAAGUGAUUAUAUAACUUUGAAACAAAUUGUACAUCUACUAUUAACUGUAAAAUAUUAAAGGCAGUUAAAAUGCUUUAUUUUGGUCUAGAGGGUGGGGGAAGGAAAAGAAAAGAAUUAAGUGGGUUGCAUGGUGGAUGCUGUUAAACUCAUUUUUGGCUAAAAACAAAUUUGCGGUAUUUAGUAUUUGAUGUUUCAGACUUAAUUUACAAUUUUUAUCUUUGCAAAUGUUAAAACUUGAGAGAUUCUCUCUCAUUGAAAUGGUUCUGCAAAGGUGAAAAAAGAAAGGCGGAGAAAUAAAGUGAUUUAGUAUUGAAAAUGCAGGUAGAUUUCCAAGUAUCAUCUUUGAACCUGAAAACAUUCUGAAUUGGGCAUUGGAAUGAUUUUGUGCUAAUAUGUCGAAGGAGAAAAUGCCUUCCUGACUAUUAUUCAAGGAGCUAAAAAUACAGCAAAGUAUUUGUAUAGUCAACACUGUACUUCAUUGUAUCUUUAAUCAGCAUGUCAGAACUUGCUUUUAAUUAGGUAUACACUCGGCAGUAAUUUGCACAACACACCAACUUUAAAAGGCACAUGUAGGACAAUUAUAAUGAUGAUAUCUGAAAAAAGAAUAUUGAUGGCUUUUUUAAUUCUACAAAGAUAUGAAGAUUCUGUUUAUUAUUUUGAUGUUUGGGUCUUAAGCAGAACAGUACAGGAUUCUGCCUGUUAAAUAGAAGACCACACUAAUUCGUGAUUGAAAAUGAAAACGUGUAAACAGUCUACAGAACAAUGUAAUUUCUGAAUUAUUGUAAUGUUGAUUAUGUCUAUAAAAGAUUGCCUUGCUUUUUUAUAAGUCA